GUAUUUACCAUAGUAAAUUCGGCUUGAGCCGUUUCUGUGGCGCUAUGACACCGUCAAAUUUCACAGCCAAAGUGGUGCUAGUUGAUAUUGAAGGCACCACAACCUCGAUUAGUUUUGUGCACGAUGUCCUAUUUCCGUAUGCCAAGAAAAAUGCUGGAAACUAUUUGCAGGAAACAUGGCAAACGAAGGACACAAAGGAAAUCGUAAAGAACUUGCAGCAAUUGCCUCAAUUUGCCGAAUAUGUGGAAUCUCUAGAGUCAUCAUCCGAUGUAGAUCAGCAGCUAAUCACUAAAUUUGUAAGUUAUCUUAUCGAGAGAGAUUUGAAGGUGACGCCGCUGAAAACGCUACAAGGUUUAAUCUGGGCUAAGGGUUAUGCUGCCGGAGAACUAAAGGGACAUGUAUAUGAGGAUGUGUCCGCUGCUUUCCAGGCAUGGCGUGAUGCUGGUCUACAAAUUGCCGUCUACUCCAGCGGCAGUGUGGCGGCCCAGAAACUAAUAUUCCAGCACAGCAUUGCGGGUGAUUUGCUGCCACAUCUCAGCGCACACUUUGACACACACGUGGGCCACAAACAGCAGUCGGAGUCGUACACAAAGAUUGCUCAAUCUCUGCAGGUGGAACCACAACACGUGCUUUUCCUCACUGAUGUUCCAGGCGAGGCCGAUGCUGCCCGAGCUGCUGGCAUGCAGACCAUAAUACUCCAGAGACCUGGCAACGCACCCUUAAGCGAGGAGCAGAAGCGUGACCACGUCCUGGUCGAUGACUUUACGGCUCUACUGAAGCUAAAGCCACCGUCUGAAUAAAGCUUUGACUUGGGUAGACAAAAGAA